AUGGUCAGCUUUGAAGAGAUCCUGCAGGAGGUGGGGCCCUUCGGCCGCUGCCAGAAGCGAGUCUUUCUCCUGCUCUGCCUGGUGUCUCUGCCCAUGGCCUGGAUCUACGUGGGCAUCGUCUUCCAGGGCUUCACUCCGGAGCACUGGUGCCGUCAGCCCACGGUGCAGGAGCAGAGGCUGGCCUGUGGAUGGUCUCUGGAGGAGAGCGUGAGCAGGACCGUCCCGUGGGUGAACGUGUCGGGAGAGCUCCAGGCCAGCUCCUGUCUGCAGUACGAGCUGAAGCAGGACCUGAACCAGAGCUGCGAGCUGAGCCAGGACCUGAGGGUUGGUCCUCUCGUCCAGUGCAAGGUCAGUCACACUACAAAAAAAUUAUAA